GUUCGAACGAAAAAAAAAAUUAGCAGCAGUAAAAGCAAAGCAGCGAAAAAAACACUUUUCUUCGUAGCCAACAAGAUUCAUGUCAGUCUACAUUUAGCCGGCGAGCAACGAACAUCUCUUUCGUCUAUUUUUUUUCAUUUCUUUCUUUCUAAGACAUUUAUUGCUUCUUAUUUCGCAAUUUAUUAUUGGAUUUAUAGUGAAUAAUUCUGUGUAAAUUAGGGACGCAAUUAGAUUUAAUCGGAAGUAGGAUAUAGAAAAUGUACACCUAUAAUAGAAUUCAUAACGACUAUGACACAAAUGUCGUGCGUGUGGAAUUAAAUUCAUCUCCAUCGUAUCGCCCACACAAAAAUCCAUCGACCGUCAUUAGUCGAGCAGCAUCUCGAGAACCACUCAAAAUCACCUCAUCAACAACAGCUUUAAAUCGUCAUGAUACAUUCACAAAGCAUGAGAAGCCACCAAAUUAUCAACAAAAGCACGGCAACAAUAAUCAAUCUGGUAUCGUUCGAAGUGAGACUUUUGUUGUUAAAUAUCAUGACGACUCAUCAGAUGAGCAACAACAACAGAAAAUAAAGCAUGAUACAGGCGAUAUUGAUGGUGAUGUAGAGUAUGAAAAGGGUGAUUAUAGCACAUAUACGCGAUCUAAAAAGAAAUCGACAAACAAUCACAAUGGAACAAGUGAGAAAGAUGACAAUCCAAAUUAUGCCACCUACACGAAAAAGGAAAAGGAAAAGGAAAAGAGAAGAGGCACCACCGCCGAAGAGAGAUCGCUUUACAUUAAUACAGAUACUUACCGAAAAAUGGACAAAAAACGGGCGAGUCUAUUGAGUCAGGAAUCUGAGAAUCUCAAUGUCAGCACAUUCACAAAGUCAUCAAAACCAAAAAGAGUCGAAAGUUUUAUUAAGAAAAUUGAAAAGAAUUUAUGGCGACGUAAAGAUCCAAAGGAGCCAAGUCCUGCACCGUCAUCUAGUCAUAGUUUAUCCGAUCGUGAAGGUUCAACCAUAAAGAGAUCAAAAAACAUUUUCAAAGACUUUAUGUCAAGCGGAAAGAAAACGACGCGUGAAGCCGAAGUUCAGUGUAAGAUGGAUGAGGACAAAGACUAUUACAGUGGUAUAGCAACAAGGAAAAGUUCAAUGCAAGUCUCAAGUUCCGACAAUAAUAAAAAAUCUCUUCGACCACUCAAAGUUUCGCAACGAUACGAAAAUGGUAAUAACCAGCGUCUAACAAGUAUAAUAAAACCAUCCGUAGAUCGAAAUACUCGCAAUAAGCAACGUGAUUAUCCUUCUUAUGAAUCUGACAAUACUAAUGCAAAUAAAAAGUCAACGACUCCAGCGCCGAUUAGAGUUGAAAUCGAUUUACGUAAUGGACAUAAUAAUAACAAUAAGAUUAAUAACAAUCGUACUAUUGACUUAAUUUCCAAAAAACCUAUUGGAAUUGCCAGUCCAUUACCGCAACUGAAACCGAAAUCAGUCUUAAAAAGCGGAACAGCUAAAAGUUAUGAAAAUAAGAAAUCAGAAAUUUCACGAUCUUAUGCAGCACCAAACAAACUUACAGUCGAAAAUAAUUUGCAACGCGAAGGAAGUGAUCGAAUAAGUUUUCGAGAAUAUCGAGAACAGUUGAGAGCCAAGAAUGAGAAUAAGAAAAUUACUGACACGUCUGAUGAUGAUUUAAGACGAUCUUAUCAGCAAAGCUUCUUUGUUCCUAUGUAAAAGAUAGUUUAUGUAGUCAUAGGUCAUUAUAUUGAUUUAUGACUUGAAGACAGACUGGAUAAGAAAUUAUUAUGUGAGAUUAAAUGGAAAUAAAAAAAAGUUUUGGAUUUGUAUUUACG